AUGUUUUCUUCCUAUCACCGGAAGAAAUUGGAUGAAGAGGAAUUGACAAUUAUUUCAACAUUCAAAUACAUGCGAGUCUUGAAGUUGGUGCAUUCUUCUGUGAGCAGACUAUCCGGUUCAAUUGAAAAAUUGAGACAUUUAAGGCAUCUUAACUUGUUGACAUGCUAUGGACUAGAAAGUCUUCCAAAAUCUAUAUACAAUCUUGUUUGUUUACAAACAUUAAAAUUGUUAUUGGAUGAAAAAGUUAUACUUUCUGCAAAUGUUGUUUCGAAAUUGAAAAAUUUGAGACACCUUGUGAUUUAUGAUUGGACCUUCAAAGACAAGAAACCAACUAGAUUUGGAAAAUUGAGCAUACAACAACACGAGGUGGUUGAGUUUCAUGGUUGGUGUUUAUAUCAUAUGGCGAAGUAUGAUUAUGUUGCAUCAAAAAGAGUUGCUUGCUUCUAUUCCUCCAAACCGGAGCCUCAUCAGUUUUCUGUAUUAGUUCGAGGUAUUCAUGUUCCUACAUGUAAUGACGCUGUCGAGCAAAUUCUUCAUGGAGUUUCUGUUAUAAUGUGGCAGAAGAACCGAGUCAUGCAAGACUCCAACUCCUCUAACAACAACUGA